CACGAACCAUGGCCAAUUCACAAUAAUCUACUACCAAACUGUAACCAACAUGCCGCGUCAUCAUCAUCUCCUCCGUCGACACCCCGCACCAGACACCUCCUCCCCCUCCGACAGCACCACCCCCCACCACGCACCGCAACAACCACCCCCGGCGCCCCAACGCGCCAAUCGCUCGCGCCUCGGCCACCACGCGCAAUUCCAAACUCCUCCGUCCCAAGGCCUCUCCAUUCCCACGCUCCAUCCUUCCUCCGGAACCUUCGACCCCGAUCAUCCCCUCCACAGUCACCCCAGCCAGCAUGCAGCGCACAACCCCGCCGCAACGGCCGCCCUGUUCUCCCUCUUCGGACGCGGCGUGCAUGGCCGUCCGCCCAACCACCCAGCGGACCAAAUGAUGGACGAUGAGGAUGUUGAAGAUGAGGAAGAAGAGGAGGAGGACGACGCUAUCCCAGAAGAGUACGACGGGGUCGGAUUCAGCCAUGAGACAACACUCAGUUCCAUCGCCCAUCAACGUACCCGGCACCGACGGCGGCAGUUCCAGCGGUCUAUCUCCGAGGAGGAUGGAAUGCUUCCUGUUCAUGAUGUGGAUGUGGCGGAGCCUUCUGAUAUCGAGGAAGAAGACGAAGAAGAAGUGGAACAUGAUGAGCAGGUCGAAGGGGAUGAAGAGGAUGUGGAGAUUGAGCCGGAGGCUGGUAGUGAGUCGGAGAUGCUACAUGAGCGAGAAAAAUCCCCAACCCCCCUCCCCGCUAACCUCCGCGAAAUCUCCUCCCUAGCCAGUUGGACCGUCUCGACACAUAAGCCCGGCUGUGGCGUGACUGCUCUCCGUCAUCCGUCUCCAACGCAGUACUGGCAAUCCGAUGGUCCGCAACCGCAUACCCUCACUUUGCACUUCUUCAAGCUGGUGGCUAUUGUGCGCAUCAGGGUGUAUUUGGAUUUCGAGAUGGAUGAGAGUUAUACACCUACUAAGAUGACUUUUCUGGCGGGUAUGGGCGGGAAUGAUCUGGUUGAGUUUGCUAAUUGGGAAGGUGAGGGGCCGUGUGGGUGGGUUGAUGUGGAGUUGGAGGGGGUGGGAGGGAGGAGUGGGGGGUGGGUUACUACUAGUGCGCAGAGGCAGGGUGGUGCUGGUGCUGGUGGCGCUGGUGGAGGGAAGAAGAAGAAGAAGUCGGGAAGGAGGAGGAAGGGGAAGGGAAAGAGAAGGGGCGGGUUUAUCUUUGAGGAUCCUGACGUUGAUGUGGAUGAGGAUGAAGAUGAGGAUGAUGACGAUGACGACGACGAAGAGGAUGAUCCGUAUGCGGGAAACGUGCUCAAGGCCAUGGUCAUCCAGAUGCGAAUCAUUGAGAAUCAUCAAAACGGCAAAGAUACGCAUGUGCGCGGGUUCCAGGUGUUUGCCAGAGAUGAUGAGAGGAAGAGGGUGGGGAAUGCGCCGUCGGCGUCGGCGGAUGGUCGUGUCCGGAGACACAGUGCCAGACGGUCAUUGAGAGCCAGUACGCAUGAGGAUAUGGAGCGUGAUGGUGUUUCCAAGGUGGUGACGAGUUUGGAGGAGCCGGAUUGGAUGGGCGAGCCUGUCAUUCGGUAGUAGUAGUCAUUCAUUGUCAGACUCGAUUGAUAGCAUUUCGCGGAGUUUUAGAUACCCCCCCCCCCCUUU